GCUUCGGUCAUGUGACAGCCUUGGGCGUCAGGGGACGGAAGCGGUACUCGAACCCGGUCCUGGUCGGGGACUGUGGUUAGAAGAGGACCGUCACCGUGAGGGAGGAGUGGGACCCAGGUGCGGACUCCGCGCGCGACCGCGUGCCCUGCGCGUGCGCCGCUGGCGCGGCCCUGCUGACAGGUUAUUUAAUGGAGCAGCCAAUCUCUCUGCACACCUGGUUUCAUCUAAUAAUCUACAGAUACCAGCUCUGAGGCCAGUUAAUCAUUCCCAGUGUCCAGGCACGGAGUAGUCAGUCCUGCUCACAAUGGUGGACUUUCUAGCCGAGAACAACCUCUGCGGCCAAGCAAUCCUAAGGAUUGUUUCCUGUGGUAAUGCCAUCAUUGCUGAACUUUUGAGGCUCUCUGAGUUUAUUCCUGCUGUGUUCAGGUUAAAAGACAGAGCUGAUCAACAGAAAUAUGGAGAUAUCAUAUUUGAUUUCAGCUAUUUUAAGGGUCCAGAAUUAUGGGAAAGCAAACUGGACGCUAAACCAGAGCUACAGGAUUUAGAUGAAGAAUUUCGUGAAAACAACAUAGAAAUUGUGACCAGAUUUUAUUUAGCAUUUCAAAGUGUGCAUAAAUAUAUUGUAGACUUAAACAGAUAUCUGGAUGAUCUCAAUGAAGGGGUUUAUAUCCAGCAAACCUUAGAAACUGUGCUUCUCAAUGAAGAUGGAAAACAACUUCUGUGUGAAGCACUAUACUUAUAUGGAGUUAUGCUACUGGUCAUUGACCAAAAGAUUGAAGGAGAAGUCAGAGAGAGGAUGCUGGUUUCUUACUACCGAUACAGUGCUGCACGAUCUUCUGCUGAUUCAAAUAUGGAUGAUAUUUGUAAGCUGCUUCGAAGUACAGGUUAUUCUGGCCAACCAGGUGCCAAAAGACCACCCAAUUAUCCCGAGAGCUAUUUCCAGAGAGUGCCUAUCAACGAAUCCUUCAUCAGUAUGGUUAUUGGUCGACUGAGAUCUGAUGAUAUUUACAACCAGGUCUCAGCUUAUCCUUUGCCGGAGCAUCGCAGCACGGCCCUGGCAAACCAAGCUGCCAUGCUGUACGUGAUUCUCUACUUUGACCCUUCCAUUCUUCACACCCAUCCAGCAAAAAUGAGAGAGAUCGUGGAUAAAUACUUUCCAGAUAAUUGGGUAAUUAGUAUUUACAUGGGGAUCACAGUUAAUCUAGCAGAUGCUUGGGAACCUUACAAAGCUGCAAAAACUGCUUUAAACAAUACCUUGGACCUUUCAAAUGUCAGAGAACAGGCAAGCAGAUAUGCUACUGUCAGUGAAAGAGUGCAUGCUCAAGUACAGCAAUUUCUAAAAGAAGGUUAUUUAAGGGAGGAGAUGGUUCUGGACAAUAUCCCAAGGCUUCUGAACUGCCUGAGAGAUUGUAAUGUUGCCAUCCGAUGGCUGAUGCUUCAUACAGCAGACGCAGCCUGUGACCCAAACAACAAACGCCUUCGUCAAAUCAAGGACCAGAUUCUAACAGACUCUCGGUACAAUCCCAGGAUCCUCUUCCAGUUGCUAUUGGAUACUGCACAGUUUGAGUUUAUACUCAAAGAGAUGUUCAAGCAAAUGCUUUCAGAAAAGCAAACCAAAUGGGAGCAUUACAAGAAAGAGGGUUCAGAGCGGAUGACUGAGCUUGCUGAUGUCUUUUCAGGAGUGAAACCCCUAACAAGAGUGGAGAAAAAUGAAAAUCUUCAAGCUUGGUUCAGAGAGAUCUCAAAACAAAUAUUGUCAUUGAAUUAUGAUGAUUCUACUGCUGCGGGCAGAAAAACAGUGCAACUGAUACAAGCUUUGGAGGAGGUUCAAGAAUUCCACCAGUUGGAAUCAAAUCUGCAAGUAUGCCAGUUUCUUGCCGAUACUCGAAAGUUUCUUCAUCAAAUGAUCAGAACUAUUAACAUUAAAGAAGAGGUUCUGAUCACAAUGCAGAUCGUAGGGGAUCUUUCUUUUGCUUGGCAGUUGAUUGACAGUUUCACAUCCAUCAUGCAAGAAAGCAUAAGGGUAAAUCCAUCCAUGGUUACUAAACUCAGAGCUACCUUCUUAAAGCUUGCCUCUGCCCUCGAUCUGCCCCUUCUUCGUAUUAAUCAGGCAAAUAGCCCUGAUCUGCUCAGCGUGUCACAGUACUAUUCUGGAGAGUUGGUGUCCUAUGUGAGAAAAGUUUUGCAGAUCAUCCCAGAAAGUAUGUUUACAUCUCUUCUAAAGAUCAUAAAGCUUCAGACCCACGAUAUUAUUGAAGUGCCUACCCGCCUGGACAAAGACAAGCUGAGGGACUAUGCCCAGCUGGGCCCACGAUAUGAGGUUGCCAAGCUUACUCAUGCUAUUUCCAUUUUUACUGAAGGCAUCUUAAUGAUGAAAACGACUUUGGUUGGCAUCAUCAAGGUGGAUCCAAAGCAGUUGCUGGAAGAUGGAAUAAGGAAGGAGCUUGUGAAGCGUGUUGCCUUUGCCCUGCAUAGGGGACUGAUAUUCAACCCUCGAGCCAAGCCAAGUGAACUGAUGCCCAAGCUGAAAGAGUUGGGAGCCACUAUGGAUGGAUUCCAUCGUUCUUUUGAAUACAUACAGGACUAUGUCAACAUUUAUGGUCUGAAGAUUUGGCAGGAAGAAGUGUCUCGUAUUAUAAAUUACAAUGUGGAGCAAGAGUGUAAUAACUUCCUAAGAACAAAGAUUCAAGAUUGGCAAAGCAUGUACCAGUCCACUCAUAUUCCAAUACCCAAGUUUACCCCUGUGGAUGAGUCUGUAACGUUUAUUGGUAGACUCUGCAGAGAAAUCCUGCGGAUCACAGACCCUAAAAUGACAUGUCACAUAGACCAGCUGAACACUUGGUAUGAUAUGAAAACUCAUCAGGAAGUGACCAGCAGCCGCCUCUUCUCAGAAAUCCAGACCACCUUGGGGACUUUUGGUCUGAAUGGCUUAGACAGGCUUCUGUGCUUUAUGAUUGUAAAAGAGUUACAGAAUUUCCUCAGUAUGUUCCAGAAAAUUAUCCUGAGAGACAGAACUGUUCAAGACACUUUAAAAACCCUCAUGAAUGCUGUCAGCCCCCUAAAAAGUAUUGUAGCAAAUUCAAAUAAAAUUUAUUUUUCCGCUAUUGCCAAAACACAGAAGAUUUGGACUGCGUACCUUGAAGCUAUAAUGAAGGUUGGGCAGAUGCAGAUUCUGAGACAACAGAUUGCCAAUGAAUUAAAUUAUUCUUGUCGGUUUGACUCUAAACAUCUGGCAGCUGCUCUGGAGAAUCUCAAUAAGGCUCUCCUAGCAGACAUUGAAGCCCACUAUCAGGACCCUUCGCUUCCUUAUCCCAAAGAAGACAACACACUUUUAUAUGAAAUCACAGCCUAUCUGGAGGCAGCUGGCAUUCACAACCCACUGAAUAAGAUAUACAUAACAACAAAGCGCUUGCCCUAUUUUCCAAUUGUCAACUUCCUAUUUUUGAUUGCUCAGUUGCCAAAACUUCAGUACACCAAAAAUUUAGGGAUGGUCUGCCGAAAACCAACCGACCCAGUCGACUGGCCACCGCUUGUCCUGGGACUGCUCACUCUGCUGAAGCAGUUCCAUUCCCGGUACACCGAGCAGUUCCUGGCGCUGAUCGGUCAGUUCAUCUGCUCCAUGGUGGAGCAGUGUACAAGCCAGAAGAUACCUGAAAUACCUGCAGAUGUUGUGGGUGCCCUUCUGUUCCUGGAGGAUUAUGUUCGGUACACAAAGCUACCCAGGAGGGUUGCUGAAGCACAUGUGCCUAAUUUCAUAUUUGAUGAGUUCAGAACAGUACUGUAACUUUUUUCUACUUCUUCAAUGGAAGGAUUGUCCUUAGAUCUUCCCACCAUCGCUAAAACAAAUUUGAAAAUGAAAAGAAACUCAGUUGUUCAUAUAACUGUGUUUUUUGCCCUCUGUUAUUGGAAACAUCAGAUAUUCUGAGUAAGAUAUAUCUCAUGGCAUUAGUCAAUAUAACUGAUAGUUUAAAUCAUAUUACAUGCAAUUUCUAUCAUGUAGAAGCAGAACACAUUUUUGUACUGCCUCUCAUAAAUGCUGACUGUAACUGUUAUGUAUAAAUCCAUGUAGUUUUAUGUUCUAAAGAACUAUUUGUCCAACUCCAGAUUUUCAGUAAAAUCGUAUUACCAGUA